UCAUAUGAUCUUUGACACACGUGGGGAUAGGAUCUUCAAAUUUUGUCCUCUGAAAUUCAUACGAGGUUACAGAAAUCAUGGUUUGACUCAGUGUAAUUGAUUUUGGUUUUUGGGUUUAUGGGUAUUAGCAGAAAUGAAGUAAAUUUUUUUUAUGUCUUUUUUGCUCACUGUUGCAGCCUUUCUUGAAUCGUUCAUAGUCCACGCCUGCCCUCAUAUUUAUGUUGAACAAAAGGCAUCUCUGUUCUGUUCCUCUCUGUACAUCUUUUCCUGUUUUCAAGAAUUUCCCAGAAAAGUGAGGAUUUUAAUUUGCAGUUGGCGGAGACUGGAGAGAUGGAAGAAUGGUUGAAGAUCACGUUGGCGGCGGUGUCGACCGGAGUUCUUGUUUCUCUGGUGAUUUUGGUUGUCCGGAAAGUUUUGUGUCGCCGGAGAGGACGGGUUGAAGAGCGGCAAUCGGAGAUUAUGGAGGAUGGGCCGGCGGGGAGAUCGGUAUCUCAGCUUCACCAUGUGAGUCUUCAUCAUCUGGACAGAAACGGCACCAAGAAAACCAAUUACUACGUUUUCCGGCGAGGGCCGUCGGCGAAGGCGGUUUUCAGUUGGGCGGAUCACCCGUCGUUAGUCACGGACGCCGUCGAGAACGGGUGGUCGCAGUUCGGUUUCACGGCGUAUACGCCGUCGCCGUCGGUUAAAUCGGCGAGGUCGUUGUUGGGCGCCUGCGGGACCGGCGACCACGGGAAUCAAACGGCGGCGGCGAAGAUUACCUGGGAAGUCUCGCCGGGGUCGGCGGAUUUCAUGCAGAAAAUCCAAUUCCGGUGUAACUCCGACGUCCUGAAGAGAAUCACGAGCAGCAGACACAAUUUCACGGCAAUGGGUUCUCCCGUUUCGUCCGUAAUCAAGACUUGUCUCCCGUUACCGGGCCCGCCAUUGGGGGCUUCACCGUUCCCACAAGAAGCUUAUUUUGAGAUCACAGUUUUGCCCUGUGAUGAUCAAGAAGAGAGCCGGCGAUCACAAGAUGACAAAAUUAAGCUUAUUCCAGACGACAUUAAUGCAAAAACACCCAAGAAUCCAAGCGGCGAUGGAAAGGAAAACAGGAAUCAUGUUGCCCUGUCUGUAGGGCUAAGUGGAUGUGGCUCUCUUCCAUUGAAGCUUCCUGGGAGCUAUCCUGGUUCCAUUGGAUUCAACUCCAACGGUUCUGUCUGUCUUGAUGGGAUGAUGUUAGUGAAUGAAUCAGAAAGGGAAGAAUGGGGGACAGCAGAGAAGGUGCUUGGGUGUGGGUACAAUCCAACCCAGAAGAAGGUAUUCUUCACAGUGGAUUCACACCUUAUCCAUGAAAUCCACUGCAAAUCCGAGGAAUUUGGGAACCCACUGUACCCAACUUUAGCUGCAAAUGCUGACAUAAUGGUUGUGGUGAAUCUUGGGCAGAGUGCAUUCAAGUAUGCACCUGCAAAUCUGCAGAGAACUCCAAAUCCAUGCUUCAUUGGGCCUCUGGCAAGCAAUUCUCCAGCAGCUAUAGGGUAUGAAGACAGCAAGGAGCUUUUCUCCAUGGGGAGAAUCGAUUCCCAGUGGCUGAACAGAAGCGCAACUGCAGCAAGGAGCAAUGGGCACAGUGUGAAUAAUCUGAAGCAGAUAGAUUUUGACUUGGAAUCUGAAGGGGAGCUGUUUGAAAUUGUGUUGGAUAGUUCUGGGAAAAAUCCCAACACUCUAUAGCAUCAUCAUCAUUAGAUUAGAUCAUUUCUUUUAAUCAUACUUUGCUUGUAUUAAUUUCUUGUUUUUUCUCUUGAAUGAAGGCUGCAAAAUUUUGUGUGAAUUGCCUUCCUUGUAACCAGAAAAAUAUUGAUUUGUAGAUAAGCAAAAUGAUCCACAAAAUUUAGAAAAAAAAUAUGCUUUCUUCUUAAUGUUAUCUCUUUACAUUCA